AUGGAUUUUGUGAUAGUGGAUUCGGACAAGGGAAACGAGGCAGAUCGUGGCUGUCUAGAAGAGAGUACAAGUAUAUUUGAUGGAAUUGAAGUUCAAGAGCCUUAUGUGGGCUUGGAAUUUGAUUCUGAAGAAGCGGCCAGGGCAUUUUAUGUUGAAUAUGCGAGACGGGUAGGAUUUGUUGUACGCGUUAUGCAACGUCGACGUUCUGGAAUAGAUGGCAGGACUCUUGCUCGUCGACUUGGAUGUAACAAACAAGGAUUCUCACCCAAUAGCAAGAGAACACUGGGGCAAGAAAAAAGACCGAUGCCCAGUGCCCGAGAAGGUUGCAAGGCAACAAUUUUAUUUAAGAUGGAAAAAUCUGGAAAGUGGGUUGUCACAAGAUUUAUAAAGGAUCACAACCAUCCACUAAUUGCUACGGCUAAUGGUUUCAGUACAGAGGACGAUAAAGAUAAGAAAAUUGCUGAACUUACUAUGGAGUUGGAGCGCCAAGAUGAACUUUGUACUGCAUAUAGAGAAAAGCUACUCAGCUUCAUAAACAAUGUUGAGGAACAAACAGAGGAAAUGUCCACAAAAAUUCAACUCACUAUUGAAAAUAUAAGGAGAGCUGAGUCUGAAAUGCAAAAAAGUUCCCAAAACAGAAAGCCUCAGGACUGUACAUGA